AAUCAGCUGACAUCACCUGCUUCUCCUUUUGGUGCUCUUCCUCCUCCAUUGAUAGCUAGCGUCUUUUGAAACAGGGUUUUAUCGUUCCCUUGGUCUCUCUGGCCUCAAAUUUUAAAUUUGAGCCAAGUGUAUCCCGCUGCUCUAGCAGGUUAGAGUACCGGACAGAUGCUGCUGGAGUGGAUGAUGAACGGACACGCCAUUCUUUACACGGGGGUCACUUUGGCCUUCUGGAGCACCAUACUAAUCGUAGGUAUCUGUUAUACCAUAUUUGACCUUGGAUUCCGUUUUGAUGUGGCAUGGUUCCUGACGGAGACGUCUCCUUUUAUGUGGGCCAAUCUGGGCAUUGGUUUGGCCAUCUCUCUGUCUGUGGUGGGAGCUGCCUGGGGCAUCUACAUCACUGGCUCCAGCAUCAUUGGUGGCGGUGUCAAGGCCCCACGAAUCAAAACCAAAAAUUUGGUCAGCAUUAUCUUCUGCGAAGCUGUUGCCAUUUAUGGGAUCAUCAUGGCUAUUGUCAUCAGCAACAUGGCUGAGAACUUCAGUGGAACAACCCCCGAGACCAUUGGAGCACGAAAUUACCAAGCUGGUUACUCCAUGUUUGGGGCGGGUCUGACUGUGGGCUUUUCCAACCUUUUCUGUGGGAUCUGCGUGGGCAUCGUUGGCAGCGGAGCAGCGCUGGCUGACGCCCAGAACGCGAGCCUCUUUGUGAAGAUCCUCAUUGUGGAAAUCUUUGGCAGCGCCAUUGGCCUGUUUGGUGUCAUCGUAGCCAUUCUGCAGACCUCAAAAGUAAAGAUGGGAGAUUAGAAGACGUUCUCACACUCUGAGAAGAGAAUACUGCUGGAACAAUAAGAUGGAUUGUUGUGUACAUAUGUCGUAAAUUAUUUAAAUGUCUAUAUUUACCUGGUUUUAUUUUUAACUAUCAUUCAUGUGCGAGUUAUUUUUAAGGGGAAGCAUAGAUGUAUAAAAAAAGACAACUGGUACCAAAAAAAAAGGUAAAACGUUGAUUUUUUUUUUUCCUGUAAAUUUCUUCCCCUCCUUCACACUUCAGAUGAGCUAAACUGAACAACCUGAUGAGUUGUGCAAGUCAACUGCAACGUUAAGCUGUGAAAAUCUAAUAAUCUGCAGCUAAGUUGGCAUCUUUCUGACCACACUUGUUGAAUGGUAGGUAAAAAUUACACAGGAGUAUUUGGAUAUGUGUGUGUGUGCGUGUGUUCAAUGUUUGAUUUGCUUUUCCUGUAAAGCACGAGAAGGUUGUCGUUUAAAGCCUGGUCUGUCAGAUUUUGUUUCUGUACCUGCUCAUUGCUAAUUAUUGAUUCUUUAAUCCACAUAAAUGGCCCACAUAGUGUUUUUUUUAUGCCUCAGGAAAGCUAUGGGGAAAUAAAAGGACUUUCUAAAAUUGUUAAACUUUGCCCAAGAUGAGCGUAAAUAUCAGAAAAAUGAUCACAGCAUAGGGAAUUUAAAAAGUGACUGCAGCAUUUGUCUUUGAGCAGUCAGGAAUAAUUAUUUAACUUUAAUUAUAUAAACUAUUGAGCUUUGCCACCUUGUUACUGAUCAUCUUAGAACAGAAAAAAAGUAUGGCUCCGUUGGUUUAUUGAUUGAGAUUUUAAGCAAUCCCUGCUGGUCUUCUGUUCCAAGCUUCAUUACAAAACCCACUUGUGCACAUUAUUUUUUAUGUUCUUAUUUUACACAAAAUUUAGCUUCUGUAAAUCCUGAUUAAAAUUUUUUUUUUUGUACCUCUUGUUUUACAUGCACUGCACUUUGUUGCAAAAAUGUUAACCGUUUAUUGUUUACCAAUCGUUGCUAACAUUCCACAAAUUGUGCAAUUUAGGCGUCUGGAAAUAAAAGCUUGAGCGUUGGUGCAUUCGUGUAACAUCACAACACAGAUGUGGCGUGUUGGCGUUAUUUCAGUGUUUCAGGUCGUUUUGUUUGAUUUUUUUCUGGGUUUUGUGAACUUUUUGGCGUCCAGGUUAAAGAAGAAAAUGAAGCGGAGCUGAUUUAUUUUUCCACAGGGACGACAUAUCAGCUUUAUUUGUCUGAAGUUUCUCUUUGUUUUUACUCCUUUACUAUUUUAAUUUAAUCUGGCAGGAACUUUGUUCUCAUAAGCACUCAAUUCAGAUGGAGACCCAAGAUUUGGUAACCAAGGCUCUGCAUCAAAUCCAAGACUUUCAGUGAUUUUAAGGUGGUGCUGUGCGUAUAUGUUGACGUGAUGAUCAGAAAACUCAUUUUUGACACGCAAGUCAAAAAUCAGAUUUUCUUUCUGGCUUCAUAAAUGUCAUUGAGAAAAUAAAACUUAUUUCAUCAAAA